GUAGCAUUGUACUUAGUCCGGAUUGCCGCACCCUAUCUGUCAUAUUGGAACACCGAACCAUUUUAUAUAAAGGACGGAUCACACAAAAAAAAAAAUACCACAACCACUUUUUUCUUAAAAAGAUCCACAGGACGCCCCAAGAAAGAUACAGGCUUACUACGUCUCUUCCUCACUAUAUCUGCUUCAAAUACUCGCUCGUCCUCUUUCCUCAGCAGGCCAUUAACCAUCCAAUGGGUGAGCACCAGAAGAACAAAGACAGUCGGUUUGUGCGUUUGCUCAAAUCACGGCUGUUGAUCCGUCCACCAGUCGACGACGACCCGCGACUCCUUCGCCCGUCUCUGAAAAAUAUCACCAUUGUGAUUGUUGCAAUGUCAGCUGCAAUGCCCGGUUUCUCAAGCACAAUUUAUUUUCCAGGUAUUCCUGACAUCACUGCUGAUCUCAAUGCUCCUUCUAUUGCCACUACGCUGACAGCUGCGCUCUUUGUGCUGUUCAUGGGCAUCUCUCCUGUGUUUUACGCCGCCUUCUCCGACUUUUACCAUUUGCGUCGCUUUUUGCUCGUUGUGUCAAUGAUUAUCUUUGUGGUCUCGUCCAUCGGUAACGCUGUAAUCAACAAUAUCUGGGGCAUGGUCGUACUUCGAUGCGUGCAAGCUUGUGGCGCCAGUGCGGGCCAGGCUCUAGGAGGUGGUGUGAUCGCCGAUAUGUAUCCUGUCGAACAGCGAGGAAGUGCUUAUGGCAAAUUCUUCCUUGGCAUGAUUAUUGGGCCUAUUAUUGGUCCUAUCAUUGGUGGCUUUUUGAUCAUGAGCGCAAUAACGUGGCGUGCUACAUACUGGUUCUGUGUCGCUUUUGGAGGUGUGGUCGUCGUCAUCACUUUCUUUUUCAUGCCAGAAACGUUCCGCGACGACAAGAAAUUUGAUGUCGGUACGCUUCCUACAACAGCGGCUUCACACGAACAGCAGAAACAAGACGGUGGCGACAAUGAUGAAGAUAGCAGAAGCUCGCAGACAAUUUCAAUGGGCACACCCGAUGAGAAAGAGCUUCAACAAACAUCGCAAGUACAGCAAGAAAAGAAGCAGACGCUUAAUCCCAUUCGCCCAUUCUUGUUGCUCCGCUUUCCCCACAUUUUCCUCUCAUCCUUGGUCGGAGGUAUCGCCUUUGGAUCCAUGUUUGCGAUAGAAACGGUUAUUCCAAAUUUAUACGAGAGCAACUAUGGUCUUAAUGCAUGGCAAGUUGGUCUCUCUUUCCUUGGCGCUGGCGUUGGAAACUUUUUCGGCGCUUUACUGAACGGAAAGCUAUCGGAUCGACUCCUCUUGCGUGCUCGAGAAAAACGUGGUGGCUUACACAAGGUGGAAGACCGUCUUGCAGUCAAUCUCUGGCCCUGCUGCUUUAUUUUCAUGCCUUUCGGUUUGCUGCUAUUUGGAUGGGGCAUUGAAAGCGGUAUGACUUUCUGGACAGGUAUCGUUGGCUUUGGCAUCCAGUGCUUUGGCAUGAACCAGGUCAUGACCGCAACCAGUGCGUACCUUUUGGACGCUUUGCCAGGCUUUGGUGCGUCCGCCACAGCUGCCGGAAACUUGGUCAGAAUGGUGCUAGCUUGUGCAUUGACAUUGGCUGCCAAUCCAAUGGUCGAAGCUGUUGGACCUGGCUACCUCUCUGUAUUCCUUGCAGCUCUCAGUUGGGUUUCGGGUGGCCUUUUGAUUAUAAACAAAGUAUACGGGCAGCGCAUGCGUCGCUAUUUCGGAUUUGAGCAAGCAGAGGAACGAGCCUAGACAGCAUGAUUUCUCAAUUCUUGUAUUUCUACUAUGCAUACACUUGUAUAUAUACUUAAUCAACUUAAUAUCUGCUCUGUUUUUUUGGGGCAUCUACUUGCAUUGUUAAUCAUAUAAUAUUCAUCGUCAUCAAACAAAAAUAAAUCAUUACCAGAACAGAAAAUUAC